AUGAGCUAUGAAAUAGAUUUCCUUAUCGGAAAGGUUACAGGUGGGUGCAUCAUUGGACUCGAUGGAGGUAUUUGGGCAUCGACACCUGGAUUUUAUGGAUCAACGGCAGAAUUUUCUCAUUUCAAAGAUGCGUUUGAUCCACAGAGUGAAAUGAUCUUUAAAGGCAUAGUAUUUCUAGGCGAAACAUAUGUUGUUACAGAUAUUAAUCCAGAAUACGUCGUUGCAAAGAAAGGCGCAAAUAGUUUAGUUAUUGUUAAAAGGCCAACUUGCAUUGUAUUAGGAUACAAUGACGACCAAAUAAAGUUUGAAACAUGUUUCAAUGCCGUCACAAAGUUAGCUCAAUCACUUCCGGAAUUAAAAUAA